UCAGUGGAAACUAUCAACGCCCUGUAGUCAGAUUCUAGGGUUUUACAGUUUAUGCUCUGAGCACAGAACAGAACAAGUUCUUGAUCUUUUUUCGUAACUCAAAAGCAGCUUUUUUUUUUAUUUUAUUCUCUCGCAACGAAUCCGAUUUCCGCAUUUCAGCCCUUCAAUUCAAUCUUUCAUUAUAUAUGUAAUGAAAGAAAACUACACUUUCUUAAAGUAAAAGCAGCAAUAUUUUAGGCAAAUUUUGGAAUUAAUUGUGCAGAGUUUGGAGCAAAAUGAGCAUCGCAACUUUCAAUUCCAUUUGCUUAUCUCAAGGGUCUUUGUGGAAGGAUCAAGCUAAGAGUCCAAGGGCAUUGAAGAAAUACGAGAAACCAAAGAGGCUUUGUAUAAGAGUGUCUGCAACUCUAUCAACAAAAAGCUCAAAAACGGAAGAUGGAAAGUCUCAGAAAUCUGAAAAGCAAGUUCGCAUUGGUCUUCUGGGUGCCAGUGGUUACACUGGUGCUGAGAUUGUGCGACUUCUUGCAAACCAUCCAUACUUUGGUAUAACUCUGAUGACUGCUGAUCGAAAAGCUGGUCAAUCAAUUGGAUCAGUGUUUCCUCAUUUGAUAUCACAAGUUUUACCGACCAUGGUUCCCGUCAAGGAUGCGGAUUUUUCUAAUGUUGAUGCUGUGUUUUGCUGUUUGCCUCAUGGAACCACACAAGAAAUUAUUAAAGGCCUUCCCAAGAGUUUAAAGAUUGUUGAUCUCUCUGCUGACUUUAGGCUGCGUGAUAUUUCUGAGUAUGAAGAAUGGUAUGGUCAACCACAUAUUGCCCCAGAUUUGCAGAAAGAGGCUGUAUAUGGUUUGACAGAGAUUUUGAGGGAGGAUAUAAAAGGUGCACGCCUAGUUGCUAACCCUGGUUGUUACCCGACAUCAAUUCAACUUCCUCUCAUUCCCCUUAUUAAGGCUAAUCUGAUUCAAUAUAGAAAUAUAAUUAUUGACGCAAAAUCGGGUGUGAGUGGAGCAGGACGUGGUGCUAAGGAGGCAAACUUGUACUCAGAAAUAGCUGAAGGCAUUUAUUCUUAUGGUGUUGCAAGACAUCGUCAUGUUCCCGAAAUUGAACAAGGACUAUCUGAUGCUGCACAUUCAAAAGUAACUGUCAGUUUCACCCCUCACCUAAUGCCAAUGAUUCGUGGUAUGCAAUCAACUAUAUACGUGGAAAUGGCUCCAGGAGCGACCGUUGAGGACUUAUACCAGCAACUAAAGAUUUCCUAUAAGGAUGAGGAAUUCGUAAAGUUGUUGGAGAAGGGAGUUGUCCCUCGCACUCAUAACGUUCGAGGUUCUAAUUAUUGUUUAAUGAAUGUCUUCCCAGAUCGAAUUCCCGGAAGAGCAAUAAUCAUAUCAGUAAUUGAUAAUCUUGUUAAGGGAGCUUCUGGUCAAGCACUACAAAAUCUUAACAUAAUGCUGGGGUUUCCUGAAAAUACAGGACUUCUUAACCAGGCUUUGUUUCCUUGACACAUUCUUAUUGCUAUAUAUACUGAAAGAACAAGCAUGGUGGGAUGUUCAAUGGUUGCUACAGGAAACCUAUUGUAAAAUUUUGUUUUCAGAGCCGCCUUGUGUGUGUAAUUGGAAGACCAAAAUGAUUUUAGAAAUAAGUUAUCAUAUAACUAGAAUCCAUGUUUGCAAUAAGCUGAUGAAUUUUCCCCAUUGAUGGAAUUCAUUCUUGUAAAAAGUUUGUGGGGGUAGCAUGAUAGUUUUAUAAAGGAUGAGGGGUUUCAAAGAA